UAGGUUGCUUUGUAGUUUUGUUUUAUUGUGGUUUAAUUGGUCUGGUAAGUUUUUGCACCUUCUCAGUGUGCUUCUUCCAAUACAAAACGACACACAUGUUGAUGUGGGUUUGAGAAUAAGGUGUGGUAAGUACCAAAUGCACCAAUAAAGGAUAUCUCUUAAGAUUGUGGGACGAAAUGAGAUGACAAAGGCCUAGUCUCCCAGCAAAUCUGAGUGAUUGUAAUUCCUCCCUGCAAAUUUAGUACAUGCCAGAUUAGUGUGGUGAGUCUGGUGAAAUUUCUCGUGGCUCCCUCCUACAUAGGCCUGUCAACUCAUUGCCUACUGCUAACACAAAUCACCACCCACCCAAUACUGAGUAGUGUUGGCUUCCCGCUCUAUAUAAAUAGCACAGCUAUGCUCACUCUUUGUUCCACAGAAACACAAGCAGACACAAGUAGUGCCCAUUACUAGUCCCCUGGCCUUUAUUGAAGCAUUCUCCCUGCCGGGGAAACAGUAAAAGGGGAGCAGAAAAAAAUUAAAGAGAGAAUGAGUUCAUCUUGGACAGCAAAACAGAACAAGCUCUUUGAGAGGGCGCUAGCGACGUAUGACAAGGACACACCAGACUUUUACCAGAAUGUCGCACGAGCAGUCGGUGAUGGGAAGUCAAUUGAGGAAGUGAAGAGGCACCAUGAAGAGCUGCUGAAGGACCUGCAGCGCAUUGAGUAUGAAGGAGCCCGUCAAGGAUCCCACUACAGCAUCUCCGGCGCUAGCAGUAGCAACGGCAACUCCUGGGGCAGUGCCAAUGACGACCACAGGAGAAGGUACCUCAAUCCUCAGUGAAUGUGAUCUUGGGUGGAGCUUAUCCGAAGCCUAUUGCAGCGGCGUUCUUACCAGCAAAACUGGAACAUAACCGAGUCUCCCCGAGAUUACUUUUACUAUAUAUUUUUUGAGCUUAUGUGCUCUUGCGUUGUAUACGUGUGUGUCAUCAUACAUAGUAGACUUUCUACCAAAAGAAGAUGGGUACCAGACUUGUGUAGUGGUUUGAUGAAAAACUUCUAGCUGAGGUCGAGAGAGUGCGCUUCCGGCUUAAAAUAAAAAGGGAUCGACACUGUUAAAAUUCUUGAAAAAAGUCAGACAUAUACUUGAAGUAUUGCAGCAUGUAUCUGCCAAGUUUGGUGCAAAAAGAAUUUACACAUCUGA